AUGACCUUGACCGGAGAAGAUGAGCACCGUUUAAACCCGGCUCUCAUUGGUUCCAUUAGGUCGGUUUUAGCUCAAGUCAAGUCACAAGCCACGAGAGGAUCCCUUCUCGUCACUUCGGCUCAUGGCAAGUUCUUCUCCAACGGCAUUGAUCUUAGAUAUGUUCUUGCUGCCGGUCCAUAUCAAGCUGCAAAAGAUCGACUCAUGAAAAUGGUGGACAUGUUCAAGCCAUUGGUGGCCAAUCUCAUAUCGCUACCCAUGCCUACAAUCGCCGUUGUCACAGGCCAUGCGGCCGGAGCAGGCCUAGUGCUCGCAAUGAGCCACGACUACAUCACAAUGACAUCGAACAAAGGCGUGUUAUACAUGUGCGAACUUGACCUAGGAUCGAGUUUGCCGGACUAUUUCACGGCCAUAUUUAGGUCAAAACUCGGCUCGCCCUCAGCUCGGUGCGCGUUACUGUUGAGGGCGGCGAAGGUGAGGGGCAAAGAGGCAUUGGAAAUGGGAAUAAUAGAUUCGGUGCAUGGGAAUGAGGAAGAGGCAAUGAAAGCUGCGAAGCGUUUAGGAGAUGAAUUGGGAAAGAAGAAAUGGGAGGGUAAAGCCUAUGCAGAAAUUAGGAAGGGAUUAUAUCCUGAGUUAUGUGGAAGUUUGGGAUUGAAAUAUACACAUAUACUGCCUUCCCGGAUUUAA